AUGUGUGAGUGUGGAGUGGGGUGGGGGAAAUCGAACCUAGCCUCUACUGCCCUCGCCUGCCUCUUGCUCCUCCCGACACUGGCUGGUGUCGAAAGCUUUUUUUUUUUUUUUAUUACUGGGGCUCAUAAAUUGCAAUCCUUCGGGUUGGCUGGGACCGCUACAAAAAGAGCUAAAAGAGGUUAUAAAGCAACGACGGCAAGCAAUUGGGUGAAAGUCAAACCCCUGCGCGCAAAGAGCGCUGCGCAGAUCAAAACCCGCCGAGCACCUAACGCGGACUCCAACGGGCGGUGA